AUGUCGCCCAGCAACGUCAAAGUAGACGAGAGCACCAUCAAGGAGUGGCACUUCCACACGUGCUUCUUCGCCACCAACGAGGCUUCCAAGAAGGAGGCGCAGGCGCUGCGCGACGCGCUGGUGGACCAGGUCACGGCCGACCCCAAGAACUUCGUCGCCGUGUGCAAUGGCGUGACGGACAAGGAGCUGCCGGGGCUGGAGGGAAAGCCGCCUCCGUUCAACCUCGGGUCCGUGGGCCCGCACCUCAGUGGCAGCUUCGAGACCUGGGUGCCGGCCGAGUCCUUCGCGCAGGUGCUGUCGUGGUUCACGCUGCACCGCGGAUCGCUUAGCAUCCUGGUGCACCCGCUGACACGCUACGAGCGCGAGGACCACUCGACGCACGCCAUGUGGCUGGGCCAGCCCUUCAUCAUCGACUUGAAUAAGCUGUGUGGGGACUUGAUCACGCCCCCGCUGCAGUAUCCGGAGCUGGGAUUAGGAUACAGCGCGACCGCGGACGAACAGUGA